GGGGCGGAGAGCGGCGGGCGCCCGAAACGGCCCGGCGGCUCGGAGCGCCGCGCUGGAGUGGCGCGAGCCCGAGGGGGCGGGGAGGCGCGGGGGCGGCGUGCGUGCGCUGGACGUGGGUGUGGGUGGGUAGGGAGCGCGGCGCCCGGGAGCGCGGGCAGAGGACGCCGGCUACCCUGGACAGCGCAUCGCCCGCCGGGGUCGCUGCGCCGCCGCCGCGGAUCAUGGAGCUUCUAAAGGCCUUUGAUGAUGAAAUCAAUGCUUUUUUGGUCAAUAUGUUUGGACCUCGAGAUUCUCGAGUCAGAGGAUGGUUCAUGUUGGACUCUUACCUCCCUACCUUCUCUCUUACUGUCAUGUAUCUGCUUUCAAUAUGGCUGGGUAACAAAUGCAUGAAGAACAGGCCUGCUCUCUCCCUGAGGAGCAUCCUCACCUUGUACAACCUCGGCAUCACACUUCUCUCCAUGUACAUGCUGGCGGAGCUUAUUCUCUCCAGUUGGGAAGGAGGCUACAACCUGCAGUGUCAGGAUCUUGCCAGUGCCGGGGAAGCCGAUGUCCGGGUAGCCAAGGUGUUGUGGUGGUACUACUUCUCCAAAUUAAUAGAGUUCCUGGACACGAUUUUCUUUGUUUUGCGGAAAAAAACCAGUCAGAUUACUUUUCUUCAUGUAUAUCAUCAUGCCUCUAUGUUUAACAUCUGGUGGUGUGUUUUGAACUGGAUCCCUUGUGGGCAAAGUUUCUUUGGACCCACUCUGAACAGUUUUAUCCACAUUCUUAUGUAUUCCUACUACGGACUGUCCGUGUUUCCGUCGAUGCACAAGUAUCUGUGGUGGAAGAAAUACCUCACCCAGGCUCAACUGGUGCAGUUCGUGCUCACCAUCACCCACACCAUGAGUGCUGUCGUGAAACCCUGUGGCUUCCCCUUCGGGUGUCUGAUCUUCCAAUCUUCUUACAUGCUUACACUAGUCAUCCUGUUCUUAAAUUUUUAUUUCCAGACAUACCGAAAAAAGCCAAUGAAGAAAGAGACGAAAGAGUUACCAGCAGGGAAAGAAGUGAAGAAUGGAUUCUCCAAAGCCUACUUCACUGCAGCUAACGGAGUGAUGAACAAGAAGGCUCAGUAAUAUCAGCAGCAGACACAGCAUAUAUAAUGGCCUAACAGAUCCGCUUGCUCUCAGGCAAGGACUGAAUUGAACAUUAUAUAUGCUAUAGCAUACACUAACUUCCUUUGCGUUUAUAAAUCAUUUGUACCCAGAAUGUAUUAAUAUCUUGCUAUGAGGUUAAUCUGUUAAUUGAGUGCUUCUGUCAGCAUUGAGGUGAGCUCUGCAGCCCUCCCACUGGCGCCCCUUCUCUCCUCCCCGAGGCCUGCCCCUCACAGGAGCUCUUCCGCUGCCUCACACACAGCCGGAGAGCAGGGCACUGUUUGUCACAGCAGGUCUUCAAAUAAAAAGUUAACAGUUUGUUCUCAUGAAAAUGUUUAAAAGAAAAUGUUAGUUCUCUCCCAGAUACAGGGUGUGUUCUAAUCUACAUGAAGCAAUAAUUGUCAGUGCAUAAAGGAAUUAGUCCCUCUGUUCCUUUAGGGGUCAACCCCAGAAGAUAUUAAAAGAGGAUUGUAAAUGUAAAAUCUAACAAAACUUUUAGGCUGUGUCUGUCAGAUUCCCACAGCCACUCCUAACUUUCAACAUAGUGAUGUGGUAAUGAAACUUGAGAAAAAAAUCCUCUGCCAAAUCCUCAUAGCUCAGGGGCUUUGAAUAGUUGUUCCUCAGUUUUAAUUUGGUUUCCUUGAUUAUUCGUGUCUACCUCUCAUGUUAAGUUGCCUCGGUUAGGAUAUAGACAGACACAGUGCUCAGUGUUCAAAAGCAGGAGCUAAACCUGGCUGCCCGUUGCUUUCUGAGCAAGGACUCACGUCCAGUCUGCCCUUUUCUUAGAAGGAUACGCCACUGGGACAUACAUACAUCAGAACUCAGAGCUCUGGGGGGAAGAGACAUUGAACCCGUUUGUGAAUAUUAUUCCUUAAUACCUGCUAUCAGUCUUAUGCAGGUUAAAUUUUUGAAAAUGGUAACUAAAAAUCGGAGGAUGAUAGAAAGAUUUCAACACUGAGCCGUGGGCUGGUAAAGAGCCAGGCCAAAAAGUGCCGAUUUGGCAAACUCAGCCCUCCUUUCCCGGCUCUGCAAUGCAAUCUGGACCAAGAACCCGGCACAAAAGCACAGAAGUCGUUACUGGACAGUUCCGUCCUGCUCCAGUGUGGGCAGUUACUCACUGUCCAUUGUACCAAGACCGGAAAAGGGGUAUUUUUUGAAGACUUGAUGAUGAUUUAUACCCUGUGAACGUGUUGUUAUCCCCUACACCUACUUUUUGAAAUGUUUUAGGUCAUAACGUUGACAUCAAAUGCUUUAGUGCCAGGAAGGCAUUGUCACCAUUGCCCCAGCGCACUCCAGCCUGUCUGGGAGUGCCUUGCUGCCCUUUUUGGCCUUUUUUUUUUUUUUUCUUCUGAGCUCUAGUUUUUAAAGUGUUUUUCCUGUUUAAAAAAUAAAAGCACUAACUUUUGUACUGACAUUGUACACUGACAUCGUGCUGACUUUUCUGUCUUCUCUUUCAUGUAAACUACCCACUUGGGAUCCCGGCCCUUGGUGGACAGGGACUGAGCUUAGACUAGGGUCCCUGGGAAAGGGUUGGACUGUAACCUUCCCUUCUCUACUUGUUGACCCAUUUCUGUUGGACAGACAUCUCAAGCUGAUGCCCACCUACCUUAGGUUUAUUUUUCUAAAUAGUUUUCUAAUACUGACUUGCUCCAGGGUACUUAAUCCCACUUCCAUCACAUUAUAACUGUGUUUGUUAAAGAUUGUUCUCUCCUAAAAACUCAUUUUAAAACAAGGGCUAACUUCGAGCAUGACUGUUACUGCUCCUCUCUGACUAGCACAAGUUGGACCAAGGAGACAGCCCUUGAGCAACUGAGCUCAAGUUCAGUUUUAGGUCUCAGACGUGGGCUAACAUCUGUUCUCCAAGUACAUUCCAGGUGAAGAUGAGAGAAGGCAGACAGCACUGGUCAUUCACUUACUCAGCUUGUUAUUCUGCCAUAGCUGCAGUUCUAGAUGCUCUCAUAUGUGCAGAGCAAGGAGCAGCCACUGUUCAGCAGUGACACAGCCAAGGUGCUCCCUGGGCAGGGUGCGGGAACCUCUCGGAUCAAAGGGAGAGGUUGGGUAGUUGACACUUUCAAGCUCAGUUUAGUUGGAGGUUUCAGGAUGCUUAUUUCCCAUUGGUCUUUAGCCCUAGAAAAGCUUGAUAAACACCUGUAGCCUUAAACCAUUCAAGGGCCAGUUAAAUUACACAGAGCUAUGAAAUCUUAGCCACAAAAAUUGAGUCAUUAAAGUGUCACAACUUAAAAAAAAAACAAUGUUUACUUUUAAUGUGAUUUUCCUAAAAACAAAACUAUUUUUAAAAAUCUGUGUCAUCUGUUUAAAAGAAAAAUGGAAAA